AUGAGUCGCCUGGAAAGUGAUGGUUUCUCUGCAGCAGACCUUGUUGUAUUGCUGCUGGUGUGUACCGGUCCGCUGGUCCGGGGCUACCCCUCGGGGCUGGUUACGGACAGCUGUGGAGACAUGCGACCCAGUCACUCCGGGGCUAGCCCGCAGACAGCACCGUCACCCUUCACUGUCACUACAGGGCAAAGGAGCUACAACCUGGGAGAGGAUGUCAAAGUUGAGCUCCUGGGCCCGGCCUCCACGCUAUUCACUGGUUUCCUGUUAGAGGCUAGAGAAGUGGGAAGCCAGACUCCUGUGGGUUCCUUUGCCAUACCAGCAGGGGCUGCUCAACUCCUCAGCUGCAGCCAAAAACCUAACUCAGCUGUAUCCCACACGUCACGCUUUAGGAGCAACUACAUUCAGGUGACGUGGAGAUCAGAACCAUCAGGAGACAUGAAAGCCGUUCAGUUCCAUGCAUCCUUUGUGCGGAAUUACCAGACCUUUUGGGUUGACGUCACAAGCCCUGUCCUGACCUUCACCAAUGGCAGUGCUGUUGGAUCUACAGGUGCCUCCAGUACACCCAGUUCCACUAGUACACCAACAACAACAACACACAAUACUGGCAAUGGCAAUAUACAACCGUCACCACUUGCUAACUCAGCUGGAUCCAUCUCUAGUGCUGACUGUGGAGUCACCAAAGUGUGCUUCAGUCGGCCUUCAAACUGUGACCCUGCAGUCAGUGCUGCCUGUUAUUUCAUGUCAGCCACGUUGUUACCCGGUGGUGCAGCUGUCCGCUAUGAGAUGACCGGUCCCUUUGAAGGAUACGUCUCUUUUGGAUUCUCUGACGAUCGGAUCAUGGGAAAUGAUGAUAUUUAUAUUUGUGGCACAGACAGUAAUGGACUGGUGGGAGUGCAGCACGCGUUUUCAACAGGACAAAAAGCUCCACUGAUCCUCCCUCUGGGGAACGUUUAUAAUAUUACUGCGUCAAAGCGGGACAAUGUCAUCAGCUGUUCCUUCACUUCCACAAACACAGUUUCUACUCAGAGGACUUCUGGUUUCAAUCAAACCUACUUCCUGUUGUUUGCCCACGGACGCAGCAGCUCUGGACAAAUCCAAAUCCAUUCGGACGCCUUCAGCAGCACUGACAAGAUCGACAUUUCUAAACCUCUGGUUGUGGGAAAAGGUGCAUGUCCUCCAAUCAUAAAAGCUCACGGAUCACUGAUGCUGAUAGCCUGGAUGACCACAGGAUCACUGGGAAUGAUGGUAGCCCGAUAUCUGAAAAAAAUGGUCAAGGGAGGGAAACUGUGCGACAAAGAUGUCUGGUUUGUGGUCCACGUUGGAGCAAUGAGUGUGACGGUAGUGGCCACAAGCAUUGCUUUCAUCCUCGUUUUCUCGUAUGCUCAGGACUGGGCCGGGGGAGCACAUUCAGUGUUGGGCUGCCUGGUUAUGAUCCUCUCAUUCAUCCAGCCUAUAGGGGCUAUGCUGCGCUGUGGACCACAACAUCAGCUGAGGAAUCUGUUCAACUGGUCACAUUUUUUAAAUGCAGUGGUAAUAAAAGCUAUUGCUGUGGCAGCCAUAUUUACAGGCCUGGACUUGAUUGACAGCACUAAUGAAUGGCUAAUGAAAGUGAUGGGUGGCUUCCUUGGCUGGGAAGCUCUGUUUUACAUCGUGUUGGAGGUCCAUGACUGGAGAUUUAAGCAUACAGAUAGUGCUCCUGCACAGCUGGAAUCAGCAUUGGUAAAAGGUGAUGGGCUGCUGAUCGGUCUGUUCUUCUUGGGGAACCUUUGCUUUUUGGUGGCACUUUUGGUUGGAAUUGGCACGUCAUAA